CUAGGAACAUGGAACACGCCAGGUGUCUGAGGAAGUUGUGCGGAAUUGGAUACCGCUUAAUUAGUCAAAAUAAUGGAUUGAGAGACUCUUCAAAAUUAAUUCAAUACAGGGCAUUCCGCGUUAACAGUGCAGUGCAGCAGCAGCCCUUGGUGGAGCGCCCGGAGUUCCCCGGCUCCUCGGCGGAGUUCACGGGCCGGCUGGAGUUCGUGGAGCCGGACGUGGCGUCGGGGAUCCCCGUGUACCGGGUGAUGGGCCGGCGGGGGGAGAUCGUCAGCCCCUCGGAGGACCCGCAGCUACCCCAGGAGACAGUGGUGGACUUCUAUAAAAGCAUGACCCUGUUCAACACCAUGGACAGAAUCCUCUACGAGUCCCAGAGACAGGGUCGGAUCACAUUCUAUGCGACCAACUUUGGGGAGGAGGGUACGCACAUUGGCAGCGUGGCAGCUCUGGACCCCACUGAUCUGGUUUUCGGCCAGUACAGAGAAGCAGGGGUCCUGCUCUAUCGGGGGUUCCCCCUGGACCUGUUCAUGGCCCAGUGCUACUCCAACGCAGACGACCUGGGGAAGGGUCGGCAGAUGCCCGUCCACUACGGCAGCAAGGACCUCAACUUCGUCACCAUCUCCUCCACCCUGGCCACGCAGAUUCCACAGGCGGUCGGCGCCGCGUACGCGAUCAAGCGGGCGAGCUCGGAUCGCGCGGUCAUCUGCUACUUCGGCGAGGGGGCCGCCAGCGAGGGCGACGCCCACGCCGGCCUGCACUUCUCCGCCACCCUGGAGUGCCCCAUCAUCUUCUUCUGCCGCAACAACGGCUACGCCAUCUCCACCCCCACCAGCGAGCAGUACCGCGGCGACGGCAUCGCGGGACGGGGCGCGGGUUACGGCAUCGCGUCGAUCCGCGUGGACGGCAACGACGUGUUCGCCGUCUACAACGUCACCAAGGAGGCCCGUCGCCGCGCGGUCGCCGAGAACCGGCCCUUCCUCAUCGAGGCCAUGACCUACAGAGUGGGCCACCACAGCACCAGUGACGACAGCUCGACCUACCGCUCGCUGGACGAGGUCAGCUACUGGGAGAAGCAGGAUCACCCGAUUGGUCGGCUGGGGCGGUACCUGGCCGCGCGCGGCUGGUGGGGCGAGGAGGAGGAGCAGGCGUGGAGGAAGGAGGCGCAGCGCCGGGUCAUGGAGGCGCUCCAGAAGGCCGAGGGGAGGCCCAAGCCCCACCCCGACCUGCUCUUCACCGACGUGUACCAGGAGGUGCCCCCGCACCUGGAGAAGCAGAAGGGAGCCAUGUGGAAGCACUUGAAGGAGUACAAAGAGCACUACCCCCUGGAGCUCUACGAGGAGUAACCAGGGCAACGGGGGGGGGGUCAAGGUAAAUAGAAUAUGGUAGGGGGAGGGGGUUGUCUGAUGACACAGAGCCACACACAAAGGUGCCCGUAUAUUACAGGAUAUACCCGUUCUAAUUAAUUUUGAUAAUGUGUGCUAUUGAGCAGAGACAUGGCGGGUAAGUGCAGUGAUACAGUAAACACAAUAAAUACAAAAUAAAAUGCUUCAUGUUGGGACACAGGAA